GAUUCACGUUCAUUCAUGUUGCUGCUGUCCCUGUUUUUUUUUUCGCUAUAUAAAUCCCCCAGAUCUGAAGCAAUCAGUCAAUCAACAUCUCAAAGCUUAGGAUAUGACGUUGAGGGGGCUCUGCGAAAUGUGGAUCACAUCAUGAAAUCCUCCGGAGGAUCUGGGACAAACCUAGAUAUAAACACACAAAGAGUGAAAAAGCCAUGUUUACAAAUACCAAAGGUCCUUAACCUGCUCCUUCUACUCACAGGUCUUGCUUCCGGUAACGAGACCUCAACUGCGACACCGCCUCAUGUGACAAGCGCUCCGACUUUAGCAUUCUACAUUUUGGACAUCGCUGUUGAUGUGACUGGGCCUGUGAAGAAUGAAUCAGAAAUUACUUCCUGGCUCCAGGAGGUGUUCCAAAACAGUCUGGGGAGCUGUGUUUCUUCGCAAACCGAAAACCCAACCGCUUUACCCGCUCAGUUGCAAACUGUAUCUGCAAACACUUCAGUCGGGACAACAACUGCCGCAACGACAAACGGGACUCAAAGCAACGUCACGACCACAGCUAUGUUACAAAGCAACAACACAACUGCAGCCACAACUACACUGCAAAACAGUACAACUACAGCCACAACUGCAUUACAAAACAACACUGCUGCAGCUACAAGCACUUUACAAAACAAUAAUACUACUACAGUAACCACAACAUUACAAAACAACAACACUACCAUGACUACUACAACAUUACAAAUCUCAAAUACAGCUACAGCAGUACAAACCUUUGGCACGACUGGAGCUAUAAGAAAUAUGCAAAUUUCAGACACAAAUGCAGUUAUUACCAUUAAAGGUACACCCAAUGAUGCAGGCAGCAACAGAGCAAAGAUCACAACCAACGACGCAGCCAAAACGGCAGAAAAAAAGAUUCCUAGCUCGAACAAUGCACGUUUCAUUCGACAAGCCAUCCUUAGCAGCAAAUCAAGUGACUUAUUUCAGGGAAUGGAAGUUUCCUGUGCGAAGAAGACUGAAAUCAGAAAGACCAACUGCUUUGUGAUCUUGGCGCUGAGGCAGAGUGUGGCGCCUUGUUGUAUCCUGCAAACACUCUGCAAUCAAAAUUCCUCUGACAUCCAUACACGGGGGAAAAGAGCCAAUCGUUUGAAUCCCCUAAACAAUAACUGCAGCAGUGAUCAUUUGGAGGAAAACAUCUGUAUUUAUACACAAAAUUCAACCAAUUCAAAAUGUAAAGCGUUUGGGGCGCUUCCGUGUGGUGCAGGUAAAAAUAAAAACUGCAGCUGCGGUGCUUACUGCAAUGGGACUGAUGCAUAUUACACUUUUGAAAUUUCAAUACAAGAUCCUGAGAUGAGCCACACCUACCCGCUGUCACUGAUUCCCCAGCUGAACCAGAGCUGCUCUCCAACAACAAAUGUCUCUUGUGCUUUGUCCUCCAUUGCUUCUAAAUACAAGAAUGCCGCCGCGGACUGUGCUCAAGCCGGAGCGAUCGCUCAGAUUUGCAGAGUGAUUUUACAGUUGGCUGAAGAAGCUCCCAUCUGUAACGUGUCCGCAGCCAUAACGACCGUGUUUCGGUUGGAGAAGAACAUAACGUUUGAUGGGCGAAUAACCAGAGCAGCUAUCUGUGGUCAUCCAAAUGUCAGUGGCAAUUUGCUAGACUCUCAGUUCACAUGGAUUAACACCACCCUUGAGCAUGCAGAGUUUUGCACAGUACAGGAAGGCUCUCCCCCUUUACUCUCCACCCAAACCUGUCAAUCCGGGGAAAAUGUGGUGGUGCAACUGAAGGAACAGUGUGUUCCAGCGAUCUCACCCACGGCCAGCCCAAAUGUGACAACCACACAACCGAACACCGCCUCCAGCAAUACGACGUCAUCCCCGGCGAACGCAACAUCAGCAUACCCGGACGUCACCACCGCCUCACCUAAUGAAACAGAGAUCCGAGCCAACGCUCUUCUUGAGCUGACCGCCAAUGUGUCCAGACUAAACUCCAGUCUCGUGAACGAGCUUGUGUCUCACUUGGAGGAUCUGUUGUCAGGCCCCAAUAUCAGCCUGGCUCUGGCUAAUACGAGCAUCCACAUCGUCAGCAACCUGCUGGACGCUUCUGCCGAGACACUGGCCAGCUCCUCCAACAGAAUUAUAAGGAUUGUUGAUACAGUGGGCCUUAAAUUGAUCCUUGAACAAGAAACAGAGACUCUCUUGUCGCCAGCUUUGGCUCUGUCUGUCAAAGCAGUGGAUGGUAGUGAUUUUCAACAAGUCCUCUUCUCCAUCUCAGACCCCAGCAAUGCACAGGUCCGAGGAGAUCCCAGGUUCCGAAGGAAUGUGAGGAACGACGACUCCAUCCCUCAGGGCUCCAUCACACUGCCCGCCUCCCUCACUCAAAACCUAACCUCUGAGGAGCAGCAGAUGGCCUCCAGAGUCCAUUUCAACUUUUACCAGAAGAGCACUUUAUUUCAGGACAGAUCCUUAGGAACACGUCGACUUAACAGCGGGAUCAUUGGAGCGAGUUUGGCAAAUUUGACAACCACAGGACUGCAGGAUGAAGUUAUGAUUCGACUCAGGAACCUGGAACCAGUUCCUGCUAAUUAUGUGGCUACAUGCGUCUUCUGGGACUUCACAUUAAAUGACAGAUCGGGUGGCUGGAACAAAAACGGCUGUUAUGUUCAAAACAGCACAGACAACUUGACAGUUUGUGGCUGCAACCAUCUGACCGCCUUUUCGAUCCUGCUGGACCUCGCCAGGGAGCCUCUAACCAGUCGAGUGCAAGCCACUAUUUUGACCUUCAUCACAUAUAUUGGCUGCGGGAUCUCUGCCAUUUUCCUGGCAUUGACACUCCUCACAUACUUGGCCUUUGGCAAACUGCGCAAGGACAGCCCAUCCAAAAUCCUGAUCCAGCUGUGUGUGGCUCUCCUGCUGCUCAACCUGAUCUUCCUGGUGGACGCUUGGUUGGCUCUGUACCCGGACGCCGUGGGCCUCUGCAUCUCCACCGCCUGGUUCCUCCACUACUUCCUGCUGGCCGCCUUCACCUGGAUGGGCCUGGAGGCGGUGCACAUGUACCUGGGCCUCAUCAAGGUGUUCAACUCGUACGUCCCGUAUUAUAUGCUCAGGUUCUCGCUGGCGGGCUGGGGCGUCCCCAUGAUUGUGGUCAUCAUUGUCAUAGCCGUCGACAAAAACAACUAUGGCCUGGUGUCCUACGGGAGGUUUUCCGAUGGCACAACUGACGACUUCUGUUGGCUGAAAAACGACAUUGCCUUCUUCGUGGCGGUGGUGGCCUACUUCUGCGUCAUCUUCCUGUUCAACUUCAUCAUGUUCGUCGUGGUGCUGGUCCAGCUCCAUAAGAUCAAGCGGCAGAACCCGCACAACUCACAGCACCGCUCCACGGGACAGAAUGUGCGCAGCGUCGUGGGCAUUACAAUCCUGCUCGGCCUCACCUGGGGCUUUGCCUUUUUUGCCUGGGGGCCCCUCAACCUGCCAUUCAUGUACCUCUUUGCCAUCUGUAACGCCUUCCAAGGUUUCUUCAUAUUCGUGUUCCACUGUGCGAUGAAGGAUGUGGUGAGGAGGCAGUGGCAGACAUACCUCUGCUUUGGAAAAAUUAGGCUGGCUGAGAACUCAGAAUGGAGUAGCACGGCAAUCCAGAAGAGAGCUACGUCCCUUUCCUCGUCGUCGUCACAGUCCAACAACUCGUCCAGUUCGUCGUCUUUCCUCAGUCACAACUUGUGCCUGACUCACGGCAUAGGAAAUCCAUUAGAAGACAGAAUCAUCACCGGUGACGAAGAACCCAGCCUGGAUGUCGUCCUCAACGACCUCAACAGGGAGCAUAGAAACCAUCAGACACCCUCACGCACACAUCCACAUUAUACUUAACUUCCAUCACAACCAGAUGUAGCGGACAUGCGCUCCGCAAAUCGAGGUGCCACAGAGACUCGCAACCACUUGAGAACCCCACUUCUCCACGCUGCCCUGCUGUGAGACAGCGACUAGGACAGUGCCUGGUGUACGUCAAGUGGACCUUAACCUAAUUAGCAGCUUCCCAUCAAAUCUUGAUUCCAGUCUUCAAAAGACUGCCUCCCGGACCAAAUGUUUGGGGGAGACCAUGUGGUUAAUAUUCGAACCUGCUCAUGAGGGGCCACCCGUGGACGCGCCUCUGUUUGUUAACAGCAGAUAAAAUGUCUUUUGAUAUCUUGCAAACUCUAUAGAAACAUUCCAAAUGUAUGCCUUGCUGUCUGUGUCACUAUUCUCAGUUCGACAGGUCCUCUGCAAGAUUUUGAAAGCUGUUCAUGAUUUGAAAUCAAACAGUACGAAAUGUUGUAUUGAACAAUAAACAACCCAUCUGCCACGACCAAAGUUUAAACAAUGAUUCUAUGCGUGAGAGUACAAAGUUGGGAGUGUUUUAGAUUAUGAUUUUAAACCAAUUUACUCCAAUUUGUAGACAAGAUUCAGGCUGAUGGGUGUGGUCUUCUCCAAGUCGGCAAUUCCUCUUCCUACACCCUGCCUCUGGGGUAUUUAACUAUGAAUUCACACUUUCCUCCGUGAGUUGAGUCUAGUCUUGUUCCUCCUCUCCUCGUACCUUGCUGGCAGCUCGCCAGCUGGUUGGCCUCAGGCCAACUCCCUCCCCCUUCUUUUUUCUUCUUUGUCCUCGGGCGCCUCCGGGAGCCACCACGUGCGCGAACGCCCGCUGCAACCAAGCCGGCGGCGUUUUCGAUCGAAGAAGCCGGCCAUGCGGCUCAGAUCGCUUUCCCUAGCGACGAUCGGUGGGAGGGGCCUCAGCAAGCAACUACCGGCAUCCCGUACGCCUCUGAGGGCCAGAGCUCGGCCCGCCACCAGUUCCACCAGCAGGAAAGUUAUGAGCGGCGGUACCCCAAACGGGACAACAACUUUCCUUCCCCAUUUCUUUUUAUUUUGUGCAUCUUGUUUUUCUUCAACCAAACCUGCUUCAUUUCUGCCUGAGGGCCGGAGGAAGACCACCCCGAAAGACCAGCUGAUCUGCGCUCGUGAGUCGACACUGCAAUCUUUACUAUGAUGUACAACAUCAGUGCCUAAUAAUUUUGGAGAAAUUACUAGCUUCACACGAAAUCCCAACUUUGUCUUCUCUCGCUCUGACUCAACGCAGUAAACGGUCACUUAUUUUAGCCCAGCGACCACACACGAUGUCCUCGUUUCCAUUUCCGUACGCCUCAUUUUCUUUCUUUUACCCUUAGUGUUAUUUUCCUUUUUGUAGUUGUAGCUGUGUGUUUCAUUAAAUAUAAAAUUCAA